AUGACUGAGCAUGUCGCCGACGUCCCGGACAGAGGCCCGCUGUUCGUCCGGGUGACCGCGGCUCUGACUGCUAUUGCGUGUAUUUUGGUCGUUCAUCGAGUUGUCUGGAAAGUGUACAGAAGAACCCCUAUCUCGGCAGACGAUGCAAUCAUUCAGAGUUCAAUGGUCAUUCAAAUUGUGAAUACCGUCAUAGGCGACUUGGCCUGUCACUAUGCCUUUGGUCGUCAUCGAGCCGAUGUCGUACGGUCCGGGGGCAACAUUGUCCUAGCGCUGAAGUAUUUCUCGCUUUUCCAAAUCCUCUACAAAACCGUUCUCUGCCUCAACAAGCUUAGCUUCCUCACUUUCUACCUACGAAUCUUUCCCACUCGACCAUUCCGCCUCGUCUGCUGGGUGACCAUUGGCCUCGUCAUUGCAAGCACCUUUGGAUUUGUGCUAGCGACCAUCUUCCAGUGCAUUCCUAAAUGUGUCGAUAAUACUAGCUUUCGGUGGUCAUGGGCCGGCUACAACACUGCGAUGGAUAUCUGGGUCUGCCUCAUGCCGCUGCCAGUGCUCGCUCAGCUUCACCUGGACCGGAUUCGCAAGGUUGGCGUGAUGCUGGCCAGCACCACCAUUCAUGACCCGACCUGGGGGUCCUUUGACGCUUUGCUGUGGAGUGCGAUCGAAGCCAGUACGGGCAUUAUCUGUGCCUGCCUGCCCUUCUUGAAGCAUUCCGCACAGAAGUUGGUCCCCAGUUGGUUCGUUUCUCUGUCCAAUGGAUCCCGCAAGUCACAUAGCCGAACUACCCGAACCAGGACUGGACGCAGCUAUCGCAUGAGCUGGCGAAGAGAGAGACAUGAGCCAGAGGCCGAUGCGGGGAGCAUCGGGAGCCAGGGGGCGAUUGCCAAAGGCCAGAUCAUUCUGACCACCGAUAUUGCCAUGCAUAGUGAGCCGGCAGAGAGAUGA